CGAAAAGAAAAGGAGGAAAAAGAGGAGGAAGAAAGAAAGAAAGAAAGAAACGAAGCGAGGGGAAGAGCAAAGUAAAUCCAGCCCUCCACGCCGGCGACAGGCGUCAAUGUACGGAUGUCUCCUCCCCCUCCUUACCCCACCCCCCACCACCACCACCCCCCCUCGCCCCCGCAUCUUUUUCCGGUAAAACCACCGUCUCCUCCCCAGCGCGAGCAGCACUGAGCAAGUAGGUAGUAGUAGUAGUAGUAGUGGACUGGUGGUGGUGGCCUCUCGCUCGCCGGAAUCCAUCACCCGCCGGUGCGGGCGGGGCGGGCUUGCCGGUGAGUCUUUGGGAGGUGGGGGCGGAGCAUGCGGGUGGGGAUUCGGAGCGGGGCGGAAGCAGCUGCUGGGUGCGCAUCGCGACGGGCCGCUCCGCGCUGGCACGGGCACCCCGGGAGGAGGAGAUUCUCGCCUCCUCCGGCUCCGGCUGUUCGCGCCGUGGUAGGCCAGAUCUGCGCGGGCUCUGCUAGAUUCGGCCGCCGGGGCGACAUGAUGCGGCGGUGGCUGUGAGUAGGUUUGUUGUUGUGGCUGUAUGCGAUGGGGUGCGGGCAGUCGAAGCUGGAGGAGGAGUACGCGGUGCGGCACUGCCGGGAGCGGUCGGAGCUGCUGGCCCUCGCCAUCCGCCACCGCUACACGCUCGCCGACACCCACCGCGCCUACGCCGACUCGCUCGCCGCCGUCGGCGCCGUGCUGCACGACUUCCUCCGCGGCGUCCAGUCGCUGCCCCCGCCGCCACCGGAGCCCACGCUCCACCUCCCCGCGCAACGGAAGGGGGACAACCUCCCCACCGCCUCGCCGGUCCCCGCCCCCGCAAUCGCGUCCUCCUCCUCCUCGGGGCAGCCGCCGCCGCCCGUCCCCAAGCAGGUGCGAAUCGCCGCCCCUGAUGACGGCCACAUCCACUUCCACUCGGACGACGACGGGGACUCCGAUUCUGAGGGCGGCCACAUCAAGUUCCACUCCGACGACGAGCCCGAGCCUCUCCAGCGCCGCCCGGAGAUCGUCCGCUCCGCCGGGCCACCGAUGCCUCCGCCGCCACAGAUGGGAGGACCACCGCCGUAUGGCUCCGGGUAUGGUCCUCCCCCGCCUUAUGGUUCGGGAUACGGGUAUGGAUACGGCCCUGCCCCCGAUUACGGCGCCAUGGGCGGUGCCAACGGCGGCUAUGACCAAGGCUAUGGGGGUAUGGGUGGAGCCAGUGGCGGCGGCUAUCCACCUGCCUAUGGAGGCAUGGGAGUUGGUGGCGAUAGCGGUGGCGGCGGCGGCGUCUAUGAGCCAGGUUAUGGUGGCAUGGGCGGCUAUGGACAGAGCUUCUUCAACAUCAGCUAUGCGCGCAGCCAGCCGCCACCGCCGUCCGUCUCAUACGAGCACCGCAUGCAGGCCACCGAUGCGAGGGUGCACUACUACGCUGGAGAAGGCAACCCUCAAGCACCCCCACGCGGCUACGGUGGGUAUCCAUAUCCACCCCCACAGAGCUCGAGCUCUUACAACCAGUAUGCUUACGGUGGCUACUAUGGUGGUGCUUCUCCUCCACCUCCGGUGGAUAUACCAUCUACCUCCCGUGGGGAGGCUACGCCACCGCCACCUCCGUCUCCACCGAGGGUAUCUACUUGGGACUUCCUGAACCCAUUUGAAACCUAUGAGAGCUACUAUGAGCAGCCAACUGCUGCUCAAGCGUCAUACACUCCUAGCAGAAGUUCCAAAGAUGUGCGCGAGGAGGAGGGCAUACCGGACCUGGAGGAUGAGGAUAUUAUGGAGGUGGUUAAGGAAGCUUAUGAUGAGAAGCACGCACCCAAUGGGUACACUGGCAAGGGGAAGACAGCGAAAGAGGAGGGUGGCAGGAGCAGCACUGGGGAUGAACUGCCCCAUGAAUCCAAAUUGUCAGAAGCGAGUAGCAGUGGGAGCAACCAGGAGCAUGAUGUCCAUGUAGUGGAGAAGAGUGUUGUGGGAGAACAGGUGCAGCGGUCAGAGCCUCGUCACCAUGUCGCAGGCCUGCCACCGAUAGGAUUGGAGAAGACAUAUGUUGAUGAUGAUGAGGUGAUGCUGGAGAUCAAAACUCAGUUUGAGCGUGCCUCAAAAUCUGCCAUUGAGGUGUCCAAGAUGCUUGAAGUUGGGAAGAUGCCUUAUUACCCGAAGAAUUCAGGUUUCAAAGUGUCUGCAAUGAUGAUUUGUGGGAUACCAACAAUGGAGGAAGAGUUCCUGCGGUUUGAAGAAGACAAGGCAAUGGGGUGCGGCAAUCUUUCCUCAACACUACAGAAGCUGUACAUGUGGGAAAAAAAGCUUCUUGAGGAAGUCAAGGCUGAGGAGAAGAUGCGGGCAUUGUAUGAUAGGCAACGUGAGGAGCUGAAAAUAUUAGAUGAGAAAGGUGCAGAAGCUGAUAAGCUUGAGGCAACUGAAAGAUCCAUCAGGAAGCUAUCAACAAAGAUAAGCAUAGCCAUUCAGGUUGUGAACACUCUCUCUGACAAGAUAAGUAAGCUGAGGGAUGAAGAGUUAUGGCCACAAACAUGUGAGCUCAUCCAAGGGUUGAUGCGGAUGUGGAGCACUAUGUUAGAAUGCCACCAGAUCCAAUUGCAUGCCAUAUCCCAAGCUAAAAACAUAGAUUCCAUGAUAGAUGGUGCAAAGUUUGGUGAAGCUCAUAUGGACUUGAUCAAGCGCCUAGAGCUUCAGCAUUUGGAUUGGAUAGCCUGUUUUGCCUCAUGGGUGAAUGCUCAAAAAAGCUAUGUUAGUACAUUAAAUGACUGGUUGAGGAAAGGAGUUAUCUAUGAGCCUGAGGUAACUGAUGAUGGUGUGCCUCCUUUUUCUCCUGGACGACUAGGUGCUCCACCUAUUUUUGUCAUAUAUAACAAUUGGGCAGUUGGUGUGGGGAGGAUAUCUGAGAAGGAAGUAGUUGAGGCAAUGCAGGCCUUUGCUUCUAAUGUCCUUGGUCUCUGGGAAAGGCACCGGUCAGAGCAAAGGCAGGGUCUUAUGGCUAAUAAAGGUAUGGACAGGGACCUUAGGGUGAUGGAAAGGGAUGAACAGUCGAUGCGCAAGGCUCUUGAAGCACAAAACAAGAAGCUGGUACUCAUUUCUAAUCAGAGCGGCGUAUCCUUGUCAGCACAGGCCUUACAUGAUGGAGUUUCCCAUGGUGGAACUGGUAGUUUGCAGUUAAGUCUGAGGAAUAUUUUUGAAGCAAUGGAGAACUUCACUGCCAACUCUGCAAAUACCUAUAAGGAUCUUCACCUUCGUGCUGAAGAAGAGAAAGCUCGUGUUGCCCAAGAGAGUGGCAGAGUUUCCUAGAUCCUUCGUGAUUUUUAUGUUUCAUGAGGGCAGAGUCAUUUUUAGCGCAAGGGAGCUGACUGCAGUGGUUCGCGUGAGCACUAUAGUUUGCAUGGCAGUGUCACAAUUCAAGUGGCAAGUGAUGCACCUUGCAUCGAUAGAUUAUCCCGAGCGCUGCCAGACAAACCUGUGGCAAAGCUCAGCAAAGCUUAGGCGUGGUAAAAUGGAGACUUGCUAUAUUGUGUUUUUUUGAAUUGGAGCAACACUCCUCGUGCCAUACAGCCCAGGAACGCAAUUUUGAAAGGAAAUAGCUGAAUCACAAGACUUUACUGAUAGGGGAAUGAAAUCUGAAGUGGUGAGUGGCAAGAUGCACCCUUUCUCAGUAGCUUAAGAGCAAGCCCAUGUUCGUUGCGAAAUCCCAGUAAAUAGUUGGAAGAUGUAAGCUGCAUAAACAGCAUGCAUGGUCUAAGCAUGGGGCAGUAAAAUGUUCUGAACAUGAGUCCUAAGAUUCAUGAAGUUCUAAAUACAUCCAUGUGAAACAGUCAAACGCAGCCAUGCUGCCAGAUUCAGGGAAGAUGCUAGCAUGCCUGUGUACAUAUGAAGGCAAUGCAAUGUGGGAUGAAGCCAAAGCUGACCCCUGCUGCUGGGAGAUGCAAUCACACACCCCAUAUCUGUAGGGUUCACCUGGGGUUGAUGUGAAUGAGCUUGUAGGUAGAAAAAUGGAUGCCCUGACCCGAUCUGCAGUUCACUAACUGCUGGAUUUUUUUGUUCCGUUAUUUAUUAUACAUAUAAUUCAUUUGUAUCCCUGUACAGCUGGUGGCUAACUCAUAACCCCUCCUUCCCUUUUUGUGUCAUAUUUAUUCCAUCUCUUCCACCAUGGGCUUUGCCUGUUUCUGCUGAAUCUUUUGGAUCGGUAAAGCCGCCUGUAAUUGGUGUAACUGGUGCAGCAGCUCUUCGAUGAUCUGGAAUUGUGGCGAGAAUCAGAGGUGCAAGGUGAAGACUUUUUGAGUAGGCCGGCCUACAACUUGUGAACUGAAGCCUCAUCCAAGAUUGCUCGAACGAGCAGCAUAAACUGUAGCCUCGAAUCCAACCAAACGAGCAGGCCUACAGCUGUGGCCGGACCAAAUUUAUCUAUGGGCUUAAAAUCAACCAGAAGAAAAACUAGCCGGCCCGGUGGUGAAUCACAUCACAUAUUAACGCCACAGAUGAGUCGACAUGGUUUGUUUUCUUUUCUAUCUAAAGAUAAAAAGUUAUCUACAAAAAGUGAUAGUGAUGUAAACUUUUAUGUGAAAAC